ACGUAUGCGCUUCGUCUAAAUCUAUUUAUUUAAGCAUGUGUGUUUUUAUUGCUGGUACUACCUACAUUUUGUUUUCAUUCUUGCACCAAAUUUGAGAAUUUGACGCCAUGAUUCUGCACUCAACGAUUUUCUAUCACUUCAGGAACAAAUCUCUAAUGCGGACGUCAAGGAUUUCUGUUCAGUAUUACAUUAAAUCAUGUAAGCGGUACUCCUCUCAAAAUGAAGAAAACAGAAAAAAGAGUACAUCUAAAGACAAUCCUUACACUAAAUAUACUGCGUACAUUACUGUUGCCACAUCCCUUUUAGGCCUGUCUUAUUAUUAUCAUACAUUUCAUAAAAAAGUCCAAGCAUUGAGUAAGAAAAAUGUACAAUGCGGGGAAUUCAGGACAGACUUGAAUACAUACACUUUAGAAGAAGUAGGCAAACAUGAUAAUAUGGAGAGCCACAUAUGGGUAACAUUUAAAGAAGGCGUGUAUGAUAUAACAGAUUUUAUACAAAAGCAUCCUGGCGGUUCUUCAAAAAUAACAAUGGCAGCUGGCAGUUCUAUUGAGCCAUUCUGGAAAAUCUUUGCUAAUCAUAAUACAUUAGAAAUAUAUGAAUUGCUUGAAUCAAUGAGAAUUGGAAAUAUUUCUAAGUCAGAUGCACUUUUAUAUAAAGCUGAUCAAGAUGACCCAUAUGCCGAAGAUCCACAAAGGCACAAAGCUCUAAAAGUUAAUGGCAGUAAACCCUUUUGUGCUGAGCCAUCUCCUUCAUUAUUAGUUGAAAGCUUCAUUACACCAACAGAAUUAUUCUAUGUAAGAAAUCAUCUUCCUGUUCCUAAGGUAGACAUGAAAACUUACACUUUAGAAUUGGCUGUGGAGGAAACAACACAAAGGUCUCUUAAUUUUGAGGAUAUAAAAAAGUAUCCAAAGUAUACAAUAAGAAGUGCUGUAAUGUGUGGUGGGAAUAGAAGAUCUGAAAUGGCACAGGAGAAACACUUAAAAGGACUCAGUUGGGGUGUAGGUGCAGUUGGUAAUGCCACAUGGACUGGUGCAAGGCUGUAUGAUGUUCUGAAAGAUUUAAAAAUUAAUGAAGACGAUUACAAUCAUGUCCAGUUUGAAGGAUACGAUCUAGAUCCUUCUGGUACACCGUAUGGUGCAAGUAUACCCAUAAGUAAAGCUAUGGAUCCUAGAGCAGACAUAAUUUUAGCUUAUGAAAUGAAUGGACAGCCACUACCAAGAGACCAUGGUUUCCCUAUUCGAGUAAUUGUCCCUGGUGUUGUGGGUGCUAGAAAUGUAAAAUGGCUUGGUAAAAUAAUUGUCUCAAAAGAAGAGAGUCAUUCGCAAUGGCAGCAAGGUGAUUACAAGGGUUUUUCUCCCAGCACUGAUUGGGACAAUGUAGAUUUCUCUAAGGCUCCUGCUAUCCAAGAGAUGCCUGUAAUUUCUGCAAUCUGUACACCAGAACCAUUACAGACAGUCAAAGUGAAUGAUGGAAAAAUAAAUGUUAAAGGAUAUGCAUGGUCAGGGGGUGGUAGAAAAAUCAUUAGAGUUGAUGUAACAAAUGAUCAAGGUAAAACUUGGCACACAGCUAAUUUAUACGCUGAAGACGUAAAUGCCAAGGAAGGUCGGCAUUGGAGUUGGACAUUGUGGAACAUAGAUCUUCCUGUUAACAAGGACUGGAAGGAAACGGAAAUAUGGGCAAAAGCUGUGGAUGCAUCCUACAAUGUGCAACCAGAAAGUUUCAGGAAUAUUUGGAAUUUACGAGGCCUUCUCUGCAACGCGUAUCACAAAGUCAAAGUUAAACUGGAGCCUUAA